UGGGACGGUAGCCAGUAGUCUGUAUGUAAUUAUUCAACUUGUGUCCUAUGUGGGCGUUGUUCCCGAGUCUCUGGGUGAUAGAUUUCUGUACACCGAGCUGACUUUGAGCCAGAGCUGGGAGCUUGGCGGUGAAAGGCUGACAGUUUCAGAUCAGAGACCACAGGUUCAGAGGAAGGAAUGAUUUCCAGAGAUACCGAGCUUCAGAGACCAGGCUUUUAAGAUAUCCAUGCAAGAGUUGUAGAAAAUGAUCAACUUCCAGAGUGUUCCCUGCAGUAAACAGAGAACACGGUGCCGAGCAGCGCUGCAUACACCCUCUUAAUGUUCAUCUGGAGAAAGAAGGAAGAGGGAUCAUUGACAUUCCAGGAUGUGGCUGUGGACUUCACCUCAGAGGAGUGGCAGCUGCUUGACUGUGAUCAGAGAACCUUGUAUUGGGAUGUGAUGUUGGAGAACUUUAGAAACCUCAUCUCAUUGGGGGCUCCAGUUACCAAACCAAAAGCGGUCUUCAAGGUGGAGCAAGGACCAGAGCUGCAGGUGGUGGAGGGAGAGAGCCCACACAGGAGCCACCUGGAAGCUGACUGCCCAUUUGUUGAUGAGUCAGAGAAGCACCAAGAAAGCAAAGACAAUUUUUUGAAUUCAGUUUUGUUUACAUUCAAUAAAAUUCUGACUAUGGAGAGACUCCUUGGUUAUAAUAUGGACACACGUCAUAUUGGAAAAAAUCAUAUAAAUGCAAGAAAAAUAUUAUAUAAGUGCAAAUCAUAUGGGAAGAGUUUGCAACCUACUUUAGGCUUACUUAGUUAUAACAUAUAUUAUAAUGGAGAAAACUCUUAUCAAUGCAAGGACUGUGGGAAAGUCUUCAAAAAAAAAUUUCAUUUAAUUAGACAUGAAAAAAAUCACACAAGAAGAAAACCGUUUGAAUGCAAUGACUGUGGGAAAGCCUAUAGCAGGAAGGCACACCUUGCAACGCAUCAGAAAGUUCAUAAUGGAGAGAAACCCUUUGUGUGCAGUGACUGUGGGAAAGCCUUUGUACAUAAAGCACAGCUUGUGGUGCACCAGAGACUGCACACUGGAGAGAAACCCUAUGAAUGCAGUCAGUGUGGGAAAUCAUUCACGUGGAACUCCUCCUUCACUCAACAUGUGAAAUCUCAUACACUGGAGAACUCAUUUGAAUGUAAGGAAUGUGGGAAAACCUUCAGGUAUAGUUCAUCCCUUUAUAAACAUUCUCGAUUUCAUACUGGAGAGAAACCAUACCAAUGUAUCGUAUGUGGCAAAGCCUUUGGCAACACAUCUGUGCUUGUUACACAUCAAAGAAUUCACACGGGAGAAAAGCCUUAUGGAUGUAUUGAAUGUGGCAAAGCCUUCAUCAAGAAGUCUCAUCUCCUUAGACAUCAGAUAACUCAUACAGGAGAAAAGCCCUAUGAAUGUAAUAAAUGUAGGAAAGCGUUUUCCCAGAAGUCAAAUCUUAUUGUACAUCAGAGAAUUCAUAUGUAGUAUUUAUUUUAUGAAUAUGAGAAAGCCUUAGAUAUUAAAUAAAUCUUACUAAGUAACAGAGAUGUCAUGUUGAGGAGAAAUUGAAGAAUUAGAAUGAAUUUGGAAGAAGUAGGUUUCCAUAAAGAGAUAAUCAAUUCCUGUCAUGUUCUGGAAGUGAUAAUAAAGCUUUUACAAGAAAA